AAAGCGCCCGCCGGGACUGGCAGCACCCGCUGCCCGAGUGCCACCCGCGCCCGACCUGGCAGCGCCGGGCCGACAGGCUGGAUUACAAUGACGGCCGCAGCCAUGGGCGGCGGUGCACACAAGCUGUCCAGCACCAAGGAGGAGAGGAAGUUAAGGAAACCUCUAAUCGAACGGAAGCGCAGGGAAAGGAUUAACAACUGCUUGGACCAGCUGAAGGAGACCGUGGUUGGCGCAUUCCACUUGGAUCAGUCUAAACUGGAAAAAGCAGACAUCCUGGAAAUGACGGUGAAACACCUCCAGAACAUCCAGAACAGCAAGCUGAUGGCUGAUUCCAAAGUGGGCCUUGAAGCUCAGCAGAGGUACAGCACGGGAUACAUUCAGUGCAUGCAUGAGGUCCACAACCUUCUCCUCACCUGCGAGUGGAUGGACAAGACGCUGGGGGCACGCCUGCUAAACCACCUGCUGAAAUCCCUACCCAGGUCCAGCGAAGACACCUCCAAAGCAGCAUUAAGUUCUUCGAGCCCGUCUCAGCAGCCUCUCCUGACUGCAAAAACCCCACUGGGUCCUAAAGGGAACACUACCGGCACAAAUCCAUCUCAGGAGCACUUCUACCCAGCGGAACACAAACAGGCUUUGAAAAAUUCAUUCCAGCCACCCUCGCUGUUGGGUUUCGGCCAGGUCGACGCUGUGCCUCCCAGACAGGUCCUGCAGCCCAAUUUUUCCCAUAACAACCCUAGUAUGGGGUCAUUAGAUAUGUGGAGACCAUGGUAAAAUGCGUUUUCAAAUGUAAAUCCUAACCUUAGACACUCUUAUGUAUGUAUCUUAUAGAUAUGUUUCUUUACAACACUUGUGGAGCAAGUCUGCUCCCGUAGGUGUACUAAAGACCAGGGUACUUCAAGCCGAAGUAAACCUAUGUGUAGCCUGCAUUAUAGAAGGCUGCUAUUAUUUUGUAUUUAUUUAAUACAUCUAAAUUAUUGUAUAGAAUCCUCUCGUGCUCUUUAGUGUAUAUUAAUUUUAUAACUUUUUUUGUCUCACAUUCCUAAAAUAAUCGAUGUUCUAUCAAUAAAUAUCAGACGACGACAACAACCCUCUCUUGCACCAAGCUCACCUCUGGGAUCUCAUGCAGCAGCUUCACAGAACAAGGCAGCAAACAGCCAAUCUCCUUAUUUUUGUUAUAGUUACAGCUAUUCCUGUGCAACCAUGGGAGAUUUCAGUUCUGAUUCCUGUAAGGACACUGCAGUGCUGAAAACACGAAGGGAGAGACUUGGGUUAGACAUUUUAGACUGCUUAGGAAUAUCCUCUGUAUUGCUCAGUGUCCACACAUUGCUCCUGAACAUGCUGACACAACUGUGCAACCAGCGAGCUACCUGUACGUCACCUGUAGUUACAUUUAGAGAUUGGUUUUGUUUAUUUUCUAAAUAAACUCUUGGAAGACAGUGA